ACGGCGUCGCGACGCGCUCCAGAUACUAACGGUACGUCGUCGGUUGAUCGUUUAUCACGCGAGCGAAACUUAGCGUUCAAGUUUCGAAUUCACGCUGCACCUUAAUCACUUGAUACGCACGAAUUUUUAAUAUAAAUGAAUUAAUUACAUGAAGAAUACUUUGUAAAUAUUAAACUUUUGUGGUAGUUUAAUGUAAAUUAGAUACAGUGUUUUUGAUACUAUGGAAGUUCUAGUGGCUUUUUUAUUUUGUGGGAGUGUAUGCCAAACUCUGGCAUACUUCAUAGGGGAAAACAAAAGCACUUUCUAAAGAACUUUAAUUUUUACCAUGAGUUUCCGUUAACUGGAUGGAUAACAUACGAGAAAAAAUUAGUAAAAAUAAAUUAUUGUACGUGUUCAGUAACAAAACAAAUGGUUGAAGAAAAAUUUUGGACAUUCCGUUGACAUCGUUGUAAAAAUUACCAUGCAGCACGCCAGUAAUAAAAGUCUAAAAAUUAUACAGCAGUGAAAUAAAAAUCGCGAAAGGUAUGAAUUUGAAAUUCAGAUGGAGACCAAUAGAAGUCCUCGCAGGAGUCAACAGAGACCAUUAUUACGUUCAGUGAUUAAAACAUGACCGAAGACGCGAUCUUCUAUGUCACGACUAUCGCAACUUACAACAUUUCAGUGAAUGCUACUAUUAAUGAAGAAGACAGUGAAGGAACCGGCAGCAGUUUUAACAACUGGUGGGCUCUGCUAGCGUUAAUGUUGGUUUUAGGUACCGCCGCUGGUAACAUACUUGUUUGUCUAGCUAUCACUUGGGAGAGACGUCUGCAAAAUGUGACCAACUACUUCCUUAUGUCACUAGCUAUUACUGACCUAAUGGUCGCCAUAUUGGUCAUGCCUGUUGGAAUUUUGACAUUGGUUCGCGGGCACUUCCCCCUUCCUGCAAUUUACUGUCUAGCGUGGAUUUGCCUCGACGUACUUUUUUGUACCGCAUCAAUAAUGCACCUGUGCACAAUCAGCGUGGAUCGCUACCUAUCGCUUCGUUAUCCGAUGAAGUUCGGAAGAAAUAAGACGAAACGUCGUGUUACUCUCAAAAUUAUUAUAGUCUGGUUGUUCUCAAUAGCGAUGAGUUUGCCCCUGAGUCUAAUGUAUUCAAAGGAUCAAGAUUCCCUUGUGGUCGACGGAUCCUGUAAGAUUCCCGAUCCUCUCUUCAAAUUCAUCGGAUCUAUAAUAUCCUUCUACGUGCCUCUCCUAGUGAUGCUUACAACGUACACCCUCACAGUACGACUUUUGGCAGAACAGAAGCAGAAUGUAACGGGAGGAGGGUGGUCAAGUGGAUGGCUAGGCGGGCCACCUUUGGAUAGGAAAUGCACGUGGCGAAGAUUUCUGUAUACAAGACGAUCUAGAUCAGGAACUCCACAGCAUGCCCAUUCGGCUACAUCGACCGACACAGAAUUGACAAUCGACACUCACGAGUUAUGGAUACAAGAGACCGAGCCGACACCAUGCACGAUGUCAGCCCUGGGUCAAUUCGGAGCCGAAAUGCUGAAGCUAUCGAGGGGUUUAGAAGCGGCUACAACUAAUAGGGAAAGCUCACAAAAUCAAACGCAUCAAAAUUCGACAAACUUGACAGCCAGAGAUAAAUCCAGCUUAACGUACAUCAGUUCCAACAGUUCUUCCUUCACAAUACCGGAAAGGUGCGAAACUCCACAAAAACGCCGUCGAGCUUCAACGUUCCACACUGGCGAGAGCCAGGGCAAAAAUUCCCCGAGAAAACGCCGUCGUACAUGCAGCUUCCACGGCUAUCUCCCGACUUAUUCGAGUCAAACCGAAAACUCUAAUAAAACAUCUACGACUGAUUCUCUACUUCUACCUCCGCCCUGUACCUGCCCUUAUUUCGGCGACAAACAAUCCAACAGGUCGACACCACCGAAACCGGCAGAAAUCAAAAUAGUACCGAGUAACACAAUUGAAAUUGGCAAGAAGAACCACAUGAUAGAUUCCCUUAGCAUAGACAUCGAUAAUUCGCCGAAAAGAUCUCUUCUGAGGAAAGAUAAGAGUUCGUCGGAAUGCAACUCGACAAGCAUGAUAGUCACUUGGGAGUCACCGAGUCGGAUGAGGAGGCGAGGUUCCAGUUUCGGAAGCGCACGGACUUCGACGACCAGUUCAUUAAAACAGACGCCAAUGCUACUAAGAAGGGCCGCCACGUUGCGCCUGAUGGAGUCCAAAAGCGUCCAGGGAUCGCCGGUCAAAUCCAAAAGCGAUUCCUCCCCAUUCUCAGCACAAAGAUACAGUUACGGGAAAAGCGUCGUGAGACCUCACCACAGUCGCAACAGCAGUUUAAUAUCGAGGAAUUCGUCCCGUCACGGAAGGAUCAUCUGGUUGGAACAGAAGGCAACGAAAGUACUCGGGGUUGUAUUCUUCACGUUCGUGAUCCUGUGGGCACCAUUCUUCGUCCUUAAUUUGUUACCGAUCAUCUGCCGGGACUGCGAGGAACGAAUCGACGACUGGGUGUUUCAAUUCGUCACGUGGCUCGGAUACGCCAGUUCAAUGGUAAAUCCAAUUUUUUAUACCAUCUUCAACAAAGUGUUCAGACAAGCGUUUAAGAAGGUGCUCAUGUGCGAAUACAAAAACCAAACGUGGAAACCUCACAGAUGACGCAAUAAAUUUAGACAGUGGUUUCACUGGUGAUUUUUACAUUAAAUAGAUACCUACAUACUUGCUAAAUUUGCCAUACAGCAUGACCUUAUAGCAAGCAAGUAUAUUUUCGACAUUACUGUAGCUACGAUACAAUAACAAUCAAUUAAAAACCUUUUUAAAAGUAAACGACACUAGUUAAGUAUCUCUAGUAUUAAUCUCUAUUCACAAUCCACAAAAUCAUCCAACUUCGCCGAAUUAUACAAAUAUUUUCUGAAACGGAUAACUAAAAGGAUAAAUAUACUGUGUUAUUAAUAAAAUCUUCGUAGUUUACACAGAAACAAAAUGUGAUACUUCCUUAAUGUAACUUAACUGAUUAUAAUGUAUAAUUUAUUAUUUCCGUGCAUGUUUACUUAUAUACCGUAGCAUUAAGAGAUAAUGUUUCAUAAAAUGGAACAAUACAAGGGGAAAAUAUGCUUUUUAUGUAAGUGCAUUCUA